CGGCACCCGGGAAAACCCUCGCCUCGCAUCAAAGUUCCAUUCCACAACCAGAGAAAAAAAAUGGCGGAGACAAAGAUCAAAGGAGAAGUGAUCGGAAUAGACCUAGGGACGACCUUCUCCUGCGUCGCCGUAGCUCGCAACGGCAUGAUCGAAAUCAUAGCCAACGAUCAAGGAAACCGAAUCACCCCUUCCUGCGUCGCCUUCACCUCCGCUGCCGCCGGCUACGAGCGUCUCAUCGGCGAUUCGGCCAAGAACCAGGCCACUCUCAACGCCCGCCGAACUAUCUUCGACAUCAAGCGACUCAUCGGGAAGAAUUUCGGCGACGCCGAGGUCCAGAGCGAUUUGAACUACUUGCCCUACCCGGUCGUCGACAGGGACGGGAAGCCGUGCGUGGAAAUGGAGCUGAACGGGGAGUCGAAAGCCUUCAGCCCCGAGGAAAUCAGCGCCAUGGUCUUGGGUAAUAUGAAGGAGACGGCGGAAUCGUACCUCGGAAGGCCCGUGACCAACGCCGUGGUCACCGUCCCGGCCUACUUCAACGAUUCCCAGAGACAAGCGACCAAGGACGCCGGCACGAUUGCCGGGCUCAAUGUCGCCCGUAUCAUCAACGAGCCGACAGCCGGUGCCCUAGCGUACGGAGUGAACCAAGGUAUGAAAGGGAAGAAGAAAAUUCUGGUGUAUGAUUUGGGCGGUGGGACGUUUGACGUCAGUGUUCUGGAAAUCAACGGUGAUGAGUUCAAGGUACUGGCCACCGGCGGAGACACGCAUCUUGGCGGGGGAGAUUUCGACCACAGAGUGAUGGAGUAUUUCCUCAAGAUGAUAAAGAGGAAGUACAUGAGGGAUGUCAAUGGAGACAGCAAGGCGUUAGGGAAGCUGCGUAAGGAAUGCGAGAGGGCGAAGAGGGUUCUGAGCAGUCAGACACAGGUGAGGGUGGAGAUUGAUUCGUUGCUUCAGGGGAUGGAUUUCUCGGAGCCAUUGACGAGGGCUAGAUUCGAGGAGCUGAAUUUGGAUCUGUUCAGGAGGACAAUGGAUGUAGUGAAGUCGACAUUAGAGGAUGCCAAAGUGAGCAAAUGUGACAUUAAAGAGGUUGUGUUGGUUGGGGGAAGCACAAGGAUUCCAAGGGUGAGGGAAAUGUUGAAGGAGGCGUUCGACGGGAAGGAACCCGCCAAAGGGAUUAACCCAGAUGAAGCUGUGGCUUAUGGUGCUGCUGUUCAAGGAGCCAUGCUCAGCGAUCAAACAGGACUUGGUGUUACAUUGUAUGAUAUCACUCCCUUGAGUUUGGGGAUAGAGAUCAAGGGUGGUGAGAUGUCAAUAGUGAUCCCAAGAAACACAGCCAUUCCUACAAAGAUUUCACCAUGCGGGUAUACCACUACUGAUGACCAGCAAACUUCUGCGUUGUUCAAGGUCUUUCAAGGUGAAAGAGCUUUGACGAAGGAUUGCCUUCCGCUAGGAAGUUUUUGUCUAGAAGGCAUGUCACCGGCUCCAAGGGAAACUGUGUUUAUUGAGGUGACGUUCGAGGUCGAUGCAAAUGGAAUUCUGAGCGCAACGGCCAAGGAAAAGGCAACCCAGAAUUCUAACUCCAUUACCAUUACCAGCUACAAGGGGAAUUUGAGUGUAAGUGAGGUUGAGAGGAUGGUAAGAGAGGCAAGAGACAUGGCUGAACACGACAAGAAGGAGAAGGCACGUAUUGAUGGCAGGAACCGCUUGGAGAGGUGCAUUUACGAUUUGAGCAAGCUAGUAUUGGGCGACGAGAGUGCACUGAGAGAAGCUUCGGAGUGGUUGGAUGAUAACGAGAAUGCUUGCCUGGAUGAUUAUGAAGCUAGAAUCCGGAACUUGGCAUCUUUGUCGAAAUCGUAGUAGCAGCAGCAGCAGUAGGUGUUGAAGAAGGGUGGUAGUACUGGUGGUGGUUAGUUCCAUUAGGGAAUGAUGAAGAAACUCAUACACUGAGCUUCUUUCUUUUGUCUAUAAGAUCGUAAUAGGAGAAAUUUUACAAUGCUAUAUAGUAUUGGUGCUAUAGGGUUUUGUCUUUAUGGUACAACUUAAAAUUGUACAUUUACGUUAUGGUACAACUUCAGAUUGUACCUAUACUUUGUGUACAAAUUCUUUUAUAGUACAACUUGAACUUGUACCUUUAUGUGAUGGUACAACUUCAAGUUGUAAAGUCGUACCAUAACAUAAUGGUACAAAUUGCUUUAUGGUACAACCUAAACUUAUACAUUUAAUGUUAUGGUACAACUUUAAGUUGUACAUUAAAGCACCAAUACUAUAUAGCAUAGUAGAAGUGCUCUCAUAAUAGAUAUGUUUGUGAUAU